AUGAGACUAUUGAUGCUGUGGUGGCUAACCACUUCGUGGUUAGCUUGUUUAGCAACAGCUAAGAGAAAGGUUUUCUCCACUUCCUUAGUUACGUGUAUGGAGAAUUCCAAAUUAUCAGCUAAUACAUUUAACGUUACAUUCAAUCCGCACGACAGGUCGUUGCGUUAUACUUUUACCAUGGUUACUGAUAUUCAAGAUUAUGUUUUAGCAGAGAUGGAAGUUUAUGCUUAUGGAUUUAAAGUUGUGACGAAAAGUUUCAACCCUUGUAAUAUGGGUUGGAAACAAUUUUGUCCUCUAUCGCCAGGUGAUGUGCAAAUUGAUUCUGUAGAAUACGUUGCUAAGAAAUACACUGAUGAUAUUCCUGGUAUUACGUAUCAUGUUCCUGACAUUGAUGCUUAUGUUAUAGUAAAAGUCUAUAACUACCAGCGGGAAUAUUUGGCAUGCGUACAAGCAUUCUUUAGUAAUGGUAAAACAGUUUCACAAACUGGUGUUAAAUGGGCAUCUGCUGUGAUUGCAGGGAUAGGUUUAUUACUAUCAGCUGUUCUAUCAACAUUUGGAAAUUCUACUGCGGCUUCCCAUAUUUCUGCAAAUACAAUGUCAUUAUUUUUGUAUUUCCAAAGUGUUGUUGUUGUUACUAUGGAACAUGUUCACAGAGUCCCACCUAUUGCAGAAGCAUGGGCAGAAAAUCUGGCGUGGUCAAUGGGGUUAAUUCGUAUCACGUUUAUGCAAAGAAUCUUCCGUUGGUACGUACAAUCUACUGGAGGGAAACCUUCUUUGAAUUUAACCUCUAGAAAAAUCUCUGUUCUUACACAGAGAUCUUUAGAUUACAUCAAAGACAGACAAUUGAUCAAAAGGGCUAAAGAUGUGCUGUACGGUAAUUCCCAAGUUAUGAUCUUUAGAGGUAUUAAAAGAUUGGCAUAUGAUGUAAACAUUGAAAAUACCGCUGUUGUUUGUACAGGUUUCACUUUCUUUGUUCUCUGCGGAUAUGUACUCGCAGGCUUUAUCAUUGCUUCUAAAAAUGCACUGGAAUUAAGCGCCAAAUGUGGAUGGAUCAAAUCAACCAGAUUUGUGGAUUUUAGACAAAAUUGGAGACAAGUCCUAAAAGGUGCUCUUUUACGUUACAUCUAUAUCGGAUUUACACAAUUGACUAUUUUGAGUUUUUGGGAAUUUACUCAAAGAGAUUCCCCCGCUGUCAUUGUCAUCGCAUGUCUGUUUAUCGUUUUAGCGGUAGGGUUAAUGGCAUGGUCAGCAUUCAGAACUACAUUUUUCGCUCAAAGAUCCAUUGAGGUUUAUAACAAUUCAGCAGCUUUACUUUACGGUGAUGAACGUGUUUUACACAAGUAUGGAUUCUUCUACACAAUGUUCAACGCUACACAUUACUGGUGGAAUAUCGUUAUUUUAUCCUACAUGUUUGUUAAAGCCAUUGUCAUUGGAUUCGCUCAAAGCUCUGGUCAAGCACAAUCUUUACUGAUCUUCAUUUUGGACUUGGCAUAUUUCAUUGCUAUUAUCUACUUCAAACCAUAUUUGGAUCGCCCCACAAACAUUAUGAACAUCUUUAUCAGUACCGUGACUUUGAUCAAUUCAUUUUUGUUUAUGUUCUUUUCUGAUCUUUUCGGACAAAGUUAUGCCGUCUCUGCAGUUAUGGGGUGGAUUUUCUUCAUUCUAAAUGCAGCUUUUUCAUUCAUCCUAUUGAUGAUGAUUUUGACAUUUACUGUAAUGAUUCUAUUCACAAAGAACCCAGACGUCAGAUUUAAACCCGCUGGAGAUGACAGAAGGUCAUUCCAAAGAUUCUCUUUAAAGAGUACCAAUGGUAUGAAUGCUUCUGUAGCUGCAGAAUUAGCAGCUCUUGGUAAUGUUGCUAAGGAUCACAAUGACAAUUGGGAAAAUCAAUUGGGUGAUCAAAAGAGUCAAACCGAUGAUGUCAACGUCUUUACGCUGGACGACGAGAAGUUAGACGAGUUACGAGCUGCCAAACAAAGAUCGAACAGCACUUCAAGUGGAAUUAAUAAACCAACUACUUUCAAAGAUAAAGUAAUGCGUAAGUUAUCACUAAGACGCAGCGGUAAGGGUAAAAGAAAUCCAGAGUUUGCAGGUAAUGAUUUGACUUCAUUAACACCUGAUAGUGAAUCAGUUGCGUCCGCUGGGACACCACCAAGAAACUAUCCAGGCGUUCAUCAAAGACAACCGUCAGAAUCUAGAAACAGAUUGAUGGAUUCCUACGACGAUGUGGGUGAAGGGUUUAACUUUUUACCCGUGAGAGAAGGGGACGAAAACCUUUCUGAAGACGAGUUUGAAAUGCCAAGGAGAGAUGCGAGUUUAGACACAAUGGCUCAACAUAAUGGCGCUAUGAGAAGUGCUGAUAUUUUAUGA